CUUUUUUUAUCAACUGUUCAAAAUAUGGCUACUAAAUUGAUUGUAUAUUUUAUAGUGAAAAAAUGUAAAAAAUAUUAAAAUCUGUGCGUAAAAUUUAUAUUUUGAUGGAAAAUACUUUAAUAAAAAACAAGCUGAAGAUAGUUCAUUAUUAAUAUGGAUUCUUCGACGAAAAUCAAGGAUUCUUGUUGCAAUUCUUCAGCAACUGCUUCGGUGAUAGCUAGCAUCUGUAGUAGUGACAGUUUUAGUAUUUUCCCGCCACAUCAUCAUGACUUGGCAAGUGCCAAUAGUAUUGAAUUAAAUGCAGCAGCUUCGUUGAGCGAUGACUCUGGUGUACCACUAACAACAAAUAGUUCAAUAUCUAGUGGUGAUUCAUAUCGAUUGGGAUUGUGUAAAUUCGAUAUAGAAAUUGUUGAGAGUGAUGGCGAAGUUUCGCAAUUUGAUUCAUUGGAUAAUUGCUCUGAAGGGGGCAUGAGUGCUGAAAAUUUCAAUACAUUAAAAAAGGGGCCUCUAGCUCCUAUAGACCCUCCUCCAGAAUUUCAAGAUUCUCCGCAAACAACACUUGUGAGAUCUAUGACAAAAAAUCGAGUUGGCAGCUUAAGGCGUUGGACAUCAUCGCAGUCAUCUUUUGAACAUUUGAAGGAUCAUGGUAGUGGCGAAACAACUAAUAUAAAUAUUGCAACAUUAGGUAAUACUAGCAAUUGUGAUGUUGAUGGGAACAUCGAUAAGGAUAACUAUACAUUAGAAGAUGAUAAAAUAUCGAAGGAAUUAUAUGCCGUUAAUAAGCACUUGUACUCAAGUGAUUCAAUUCUUAAUUCACAUACAGAUAACAUUUAUGACGAGCCGAAUAACAUACUAAGCUCGUCACUUGGCAAUAGCGUUGACGUAUUGGAAUCAGAUUCACCAUCUCAAUCACUUCCACCGCCCCCGCCUCCAGUAUCUAUAGUCAAAAUAAAACAGACAUUGUGCCCCUACUUUCAGGAUCAUACGCGGUAUUUCAAAGCCAUCCCAUCGGAACAGGAUAACAUAACAACUGCAGCUCAACGUUUCAAUAUACCAGGUCUUUCAGAAAUACAUGAUUAUGAUCUCUAUUAUGGAAUUAAGCGAAAUACAUAUCAACAAUACGAUAAUAGUCUACAACGAAAAGUCAUGUAUAGUCCUUUAAGUAACUCACAUCAUUGCCACAAUCAUAUCUACCACGGUGGUAUGAGCAGUAACCGACCCAACUCAAGGAACUCUUUGAAUAGCCGUCUUUCAAGCUCUCACAAUUCAUUGAGUGUAUCUUCGGCGAAUAAACCCGACGAUUCUAUAUUUAUUACGCAAGCAAUGUCACAUGAUGCUCUUUUAACUAGAGAGAUUUCCGAUUUUUAUAAUGUUCCAAUCGACUCUGAUAUUUAUGCUUUGCCCGUUGAUAUGAUCAGGUCUGAAAAGGAACGAUUCAAACAGAAUCACAGACACAAUACAUCCGACUGCGUUGUUCAUGAAACCAAAGAAAUGGUGCUACAGAACAGUUGUAAUAAACAUAAUAUUGCCAAGUGUCAUCACCAGACAAAAUCAAAUCGUAAAAAUAGGAAUAAAAGAAAAAAACGAUCGACUUCAAAUUGUAUGGACAACAAUGGAGAAUGCAGUGAUCAGGCGCCAAGUCACAUAUCAACUAGCACAGCAUCAAGGUAUACCUCGACAUUUAUCUCUACAUCUAGUAUUCAGGACGACACUAAUAUCAGCGAACCAUUGCAUAUGACAUUAGACGAGGUCAAACAGUUUUAUCACACAUUGUACUCAGACACAAAACCAAAUCCAGACGCAGGUGGUUGCAGUAGUGGGGGCGGUGGAACGGCACUUCGACACAUUAAAAAUGUAAAUCAUCAUGCCGCUGCUAAGUCCUCCAACGAAACAAUUUGGAGCGGAUCGACUGCACGUUCGCGUAGUAGUAAUUCUACUCUAGCACAAAAUAGAACUGAUAAAAAUGUCCCUUCACAUUUCAACAAAAACAACAUUGUUUCCCAGAAACAUUUUGCUUCAGACACUGAAGCGAUUCAUAGUAUUAAUAAUAACAACAGUUUGACUGCAAUAAAUAAUCACAAUAAUCAAAACCAAAAUCAGAAUCAAUCACCCAUAACUAAAGCCUACCAUUAUCAGGAUAAGGAUCAAUCAAUGCACAAUACACAAUCAAUUAUUAAGGCAAACAUUAUAGCGCCUAAUGAAAAGAAGUCACAAUUCACAUUAAAUUUAAAACAAAAAUUUUGUAGCAUUUUCCGUUUUCGUAAAAAUCAUAAUCGUUGUAGUAGUAGAAAUGUUGCCAACGAGGGCGAUGAUAAUAAUUCAAAUAGUGAAAAGGGAACACAUAUCUCUUCAAAAUCAACAGAUGAAAAACGUAAAAAAUUCCAGUCAAGAGCUCUUCCACCUCUACCCAAAAAAGAACCUAUAGAAGAAACUCGGGAAAUAUCUGAUGACAAAUCCAAUAACAAAGAAGAGAAAAAAACAGAAAAUCGAUCAUUCCAUUUUACAUCAAGCAUUGAGAAAGUUAAAGAUUAUGGCUGGUACUGGGGUCCACUAUCAAGUGAAGCAGCGGAAAAAGUUUUAUCAAACGAGCCCGAUGGAAGUUUUAUAGUACGUGACAGCUCCGAUGAUCAUUACAUAUUUUCUCUUAGUUUUAAACUAAACAACUGUGUCCGGCAUGUUCGAAUUGAACAAGAUCAAGGCACAUUUUCCUUUGGAUCAUAUGCAAAAUUUAAAUCUCAAACAAUAACCGAAUUUAUUGAAAAAGCUGUGGAACACUCGCGUAGUGGCAGAUAUUUAUUCUUUUUACAUCGAAGGCCAGAACAUGGACCAAUGCGUGUGCAAUUGACAAAUCCGGUAUCUAGAUUUAAACAUGUGCAAAGUUUACAACAUAUGUGCAGAUUUGUAAUAUUAAAAGCGGUGGUAAGAAAGGACUUAAUACAAACAUUACCAUUGCCCAGAAGACUUUUAGACUAUCUUAAUUAUAAGCAUUGUUAUUCAGAACAAGUUGAAAGUGAUAGUUCCAAUUCUCAGAUUUCAGGAGAAGGCUCCUUGUAGACUUGUUCAACAUUAUUGUUUUAAAUGUUAUCAACUUAUUUUAAAUAUAGGAGUAGUUACCAUAUUAUACACGAUAGUUAGAAUUACAGUGUAUAACAAACAAACAAACAAUUAACCGAUUGUCUCUUAGUAUUGGAUUAUGUUAAUAAUAAAAUUAUUGCUGCUCACAAAGUAUUUGUACUCGGUGCUAUAAUAUAAGAUAUGUAAAAUUAAACGUAACAUGAAUAAUACUAGUAGUAAUUACAGAAUUUUGACUGAAUUGCAAAUAAAAUAUAAAAAUACAUCUAUAUUUGAAUACAGUAUUUAAGUUAAGCUAUUAAAAGAAUACAAAAUACAAAAAAUCCGAAAACAAAACAAAAAUA